CGAACUGCGCCCAGCGCGGGCACGGAGCCUCCCACCGCCAGCAACCUGCGGCCCGGGAGAAGAGCCAGCACAGUGACAGCGCCUCACCGCCACCAGUCCCCGGACCACCAUGGCCAAGAACCGCAGGGACAGGAACAGUUGGGGUGGGUUUUCAGAAAAGACAUAUGAAUGGAGCUCAGAAGAGGAGGAGCCAGUGAAAAAGGCAGGGCCAGUCCAAGUCCUCAUCGUCAAAGAUGACCAUUCCUUUGAGUUAGAUGAAACUGCACUUAAUCGGAUCCUUCUCUCAGAGGCUGUCAGGGACAAGGAGGUUGUUGCUGUGUCUGUUGCUGGAGCAUUUAGGAAAGGAAAAUCAUUCCUGAUGGACUUCAUGUUGAGAUACAUGUACAACCAGGAAUCAGUCGAUUGGGUUGGAGAUUACAAUGAACCAUUGACUGGUUUCUCAUGGAGAGGUGGGUCUGAACGAGAGACCACAGGAAUCCAAAUAUGGAGUGAAGUCUUCCUCAUCAAUAAACCUGAUGGCAAGAAGGUUGCAGUGCUAUUGAUGGAUACUCAGGGAACCUUUGAUAGCCAGUCAACUCUGAGAGAUUCGGCCACGGUAUUUGCACUUAGCACAAUGAUCAGCUCAAUACAGGUAUAUAACUUAUCCCAGAAUGUCCAGGAGGAUGAUCUUCAGCACCUCCAGCUUUUCACUGAAUAUGGCAGACUGGCGAUGGAAGAAAUAUUCCUGAAGCCAUUUCAGAGUCUGAUAUUUCUUGUUCGGGAUUGGAGUUUCCCAUACGAAUUUUCAUACGGAGCCGAAGGCGGCUCCAAAUUCUUGGAAAAACGCCUCAAGGUCUCAGGGAACCAGCAUGAAGAACUACAGAAUGUUCGAAAACACAUCCAUUCCUGUUUCACCAAAAUUUCCUGUUUUCUGCUACCUCAUCCUGGCUUAAAAGUAGCUACCAAUCCAAACUUUGAUGGAAAACUGAAAGAAAUAGAUGAUGAAUUCAUCAAAAACUUGAAAAUACUCAUUCCUUGGCUACUUAGUCCUGAGAGCCUAGAUAUUAAAGAGAUCAAUGGGAACAAAAUCACCUGCCGAGGUCUGGUGGAGUACUUCAAGGCUUAUAUAAAGAUCUAUCAAGGUGAAGAAUUACCACAUCCCAAAUCCAUGUUACAGGCCACAGCAGAAGCUAACAAUUUAGCGGCCGUAGCAACUGCCAAGGAUACAUACAACAAAAAGAUGGAAGAGAUUUGUGGUGGCGACAAACCAUUUCUGGCACCUAAUGACCUACAGACCAAACAUUUGGAGCUUAAGGAAGAAUCUGUGAAGCUAUUCCGAGGGGUGAAGAAGAUGGGUGGGGAGGAAUUUAGCCGGCGUUACCUGCAACAGCUGGAGAGUGAAAUAGAUGAACUUUACAUCCAGUAUAUCAAGCACAAUGAUAGCAAAAAUAUCUUCCAUGCAGCUCGUACCCCAGCCACACUGUUUGUCGUCAUCUUUAUCACUUACGUGAUUGCUGGUGUGACUGGAUUCAUUGGCUUGGACAUCAUAGCUAGCCUAUGCAAUAUGAUAAUGGGACUGACUCUUAUCACCCUGUGUACCUGGGCAUACAUCCGGUACUCUGGAGAAUACCGAGAGUUGGGGGCUGUAAUAGACCAGGUGGCUGCAGCCUUGUGGGACCAGGGAAGUACAAAUGAGGCUUUAUACAAGCUUUACAGUGCAGCAGCAACCCACAGACAUCUGUAUCAUCAAGCUUUUCCUGCGCCAAAGUCAGAAUCUACUGAACAAUCAGAAAAGAAGAAAAUUUAAUCUAAAUUUUUAGAAAUACAGGUGCAUGACCAACUGUCAGUUAAAUACUCAGUUUUCUGUCUCCAUGCAAACAUUCAAAGUGCUUCUAUCAGGACAGAGUAAAAUACCGAGCUCCUCUGAAAACUUCGAAAUGGUUUAGUUCUUUUACUUCAGUGUUUAAUAAGCAGAUGUAUGUAUGCAUGGUUAUAUCACUUUGUUAACAUGUACAGUUUCCUGAUUUUGUCUUCAAAUAUGCUGUUAUAAUUUCAAGUAUUUGUCUAUUUAUGAUGACAGUACAUGUGUUCUGCUUGAAUUUACUAAAUUCUACUACUGGGUUAUAAUUAAACCAUGUAAGUAAUAUUA